GUCAGAUCCAGAUGAUUGUCAGUUAGUUGUCAAACGUUUUAAAAGUGUUUCCAUUGUAGAAAAAUAUCAAUUUAUUAUGGAUUCUUACGAAAGCGUAAUAUUAGUUAAACCAGAAGUUUUCGUUUUCAACAUACCACCAAGGGCAUCAAAUAGAAGUUACAGAGCUGCCGAUUGGAAUCUUGCCGAACCCUCAUGGACUGGCAGAAUGAGAUUAGUGUCUCAAGCUGACCAAUGCGCCAUAAAACUUGAAGAUAAAAACACAGGUGAACUUUUCGCAAAGUGUCCUAUUGAAAAUUAUCCUGGAGUGGCAAUAGAGGCCGUAUCGGAUUCUUCUAGGUAUUUUGUGCUCAGAAUUCAAGAUGACAAUGGCAGAGCGGCAUUUAUUGGCAUUGGAUUCGGGGAUAGAUCAGAUUCUUUCGACUUGAAUGUUGCUCUACAAGACCAUUUCAAAUGGCUUAAAAAAGAGAAACAAAUAAGUGAAGAACCAUCUGGUCCAGCUCUUGAUUUAGGUUUCAAAGAAGGAGAAACCAUCAAGAUCAACAUGAAAAUUAGUAAAAAAGAUGGUAAUGAGGGAUCAUCAAGAACCAAACAACGACCUACUGGUGGAACUACUGGUUUCUUACCUCCACCACCAGGAGGCACUAGAUUACCAGCUCCACCAGGUAGUUCACCAGCAGGAUCCCCUGCACAUGCCGUAAAAACUCCUACAGGAGGUAAUGACUGGGGUGAUUUCGCUUCAGCACAAGCAAAUUCUUCUUUGACAAAUCAACCUUCUCCCUCGAACAGUAACUGGGUACAGUUUUAAGGCAUUUAUAUGUACAAUAUAAUUUAAUUCAAAAGUGUGCAUGUUAAAUAGCAAUAGGAAGAAUAUAUCAUGAAGAAUUCAGGGCUUUUGAAACUAAAAUUUUGGAAGAUCGUUAGGAUUAUUGUAUGUGGAAUAAUUGUUUCGAAUAAUUUACUUAAAUCAUACAGAAUUUUGAUGGAAUUUGUACAUUGAGGAGUCUGUAAAAUAUCAAUGUAUUUAUUGUAUAUUGUUGAGAUCAAAACUGUAGCAUAGUAAUUGAGAACUCAUAGCUAGGUUUUGAAUUGAUAGUUAAUUUCAUAUAAGAUUGAUAAUCGCAUUAAAAUUAUCUAUCCUUAUCUAUAAUGUUGAUCUUGAUUUUUUAUCAUAUAUAUUUCUAUAUCUGUUAUUAUCCAUUAAUUAUGGAUGUUUUACUAGAAAACUAUCUCUAUGUGUAAAUAAUAAUAUUGGGUAAAGUUACUUUAAUAAAGCACUUUUUGUUUGGA